AUGAGUGAGCAGGAGAGGGAGACAGAGGAGGACGAGGGAGGGGGCGCUUCAGACACGGCACCCAUGCUGCCCCGAAGGCUUCCUGACCACCAGGCCUCAGACUGGAUGUCCCCAGGGUGGGCAGGCCCGGCUGGCCCAGGCCGGGGGAUCCUGCUGCUGCCGCGUCGGGCCCUGGCGGGGCUCCUGCUCCACCUGCUGCCUGCAGCCGCCACUGUGUACCUGGGAUUCCUGUGCCACUCGAGGGUCCACCCGGCGCCCCGCCCCGCGUGCCGCGCGCUGCUGUCCGACCGCGGUUCCGCGGCGCUCUUCGUGUCGGGCUUCCUCUCGCUGCCUCCGCUGCUGGUGCUCGCCUCUGCCGCCCGCGCCCGCCUGGCCCGACGCCUCCGCUCGCUGCUGCCACCCCCGAUCUGGAGUCCCGGACCCCGCCCCCACCCCGACGGGGAGGAGCAGCUCUGCGCCUGGGUGUGACCCCAGAGGCCUCUCCAAAUCCCAGAGGCCCCCGAACUCCCCCCGUGUCCCCCAUCGGUGGCUCCAGGCUGGUGAGCUCAGGGUCUGCGUCCAGGUCCCGGCCGGGAAAUCCCGUGCGCGCCGCGCGGCCCCGUGCGCAGUGCUCCGAGGGGCCGCGAGGUGGCACCGGACUCCCCCGGACCGGGGCGGCCCUUCCCCACCCUCACCGGCCUCCGCAGUCUCCGCAGCCGCC